UUCAAUUGUGGCUCAUACCUCGGGACAAGACUCAAUCGCGCUCUUCGCAGCUUCAAACACGUCGACCUGUUCAUCAACCUGUCAUAUUUAUAUUUCAUCAAUCACAGCAUAUUGCUGCCUGAUCGCCCUUUCUUUAUGGUGCCUCGGGGUACUUGAAAAGGGUUAACCUUCAAUUACAACCGUAUUCUUUUCUUAUUAUCAAGAUGUAGCGAUGGAUCUCCCCAAAUUAACACCGAGCAAAUCUAAAGCUCGCGACCCUCCUCGCCUAUUCCUACAUCCAUCCCCAGCAGCAUCACAUGUUUCGCUCUCGGGAAUGAUGGCCGCUGCGCCAGCCGCCCCGCCGGCAUCCGCUUCGGCCUCGAAUGUACGCGAGAACGCCAGCGCCGCAUCCACGACACAGUCUCAGGUGCCGCCGUCCCUGGCGCGAACGAAUUCGCUACUGAACGCACGAACCCGCGCCACCGUCUCGCGACUGCAUACCGCGGACUCCACUCGCACCGCCGAUAGAACCGACGCCUUGUGGGCCGAGAUGCAAGCGACGCUGGAAGAGGUUGAGCUAUCAGCGAGCGGGGGUACGCAUGUCUUCGGGCCAGAGCAUGACCGCAAGCUGGCCGAGCUGCGCGCUGCACAGAUCGGGCUGGCGCAGGCGUGGGCGCGCGGCGAGACCGAUGACACGAUUGAGAUAACGGCUACAACGACGAAGAACGAUGCGACGAACCUCAAGGGUGCUUUAGCCGAGAUGGGCAUAUCCGCUGCUGCCGGGGCGGGCCUCAGUACGACGAUAUCUGCUAGCGCUGGGAGGACGGCGGCGGCGGCGGCGGAAGGUACGGAAGGUGGGAAGAGCACUGCGGGAACCGGAAGCGUACAACGACCUGGUAGCAGUGGCACGGGCCGCGAGCGGUUAGGCACUAAGCUUGAGGAAGAGACAGAGAAGGAUAUACUUCUCGCGAGAAACAGAAGAGAAGCGAACGAUCGCUACUUUUCAAAGAUAGACCAGGGAGUCAGGGAUGUUGUCGAGAAAUUGGAGGAAGUGGCCAUUGCAAUGAAAGCUGUCGAAGAAGAGACAAGGAACAUUUGGGGCGAUAGCGCCAUGCCAGACAAUUUGCGAGUCUGACAGGA